AUGGCCAAGGCUUACAGUGCUGCUGGACGUGCCACCUCCACCCUGCAUGCCAUUGCCAUCCUGCAAUUUCACCAGGCCAAGGCACUGAAAGAGCUGCACGAGGGUGGUCCUGACCCAGGAGUGAUGCAGGAGCUGUGCUUAAUGACCGACCUUGCCCUACGGUUGACGAAGGUCACGGCGUGGGCUUUUGGGCAGGCGAUGUCCACCAUGGUGAUCCAGGAGCGCCACCUGGUGCUUAACCUGGUGGAGAUGAGGGACACUGACAAGGUUCACUUUCUUGACGCCCCCAGCUCCCAGGCUAUCCUAUUCGACGACAUGUCAAGGACUUUGCCCAGCAGUUCUCGAUGGUCAAGAAGCAGGGAUUUUUCGUGGUCGCCGGGGGACAACUUAAUCGCCUUUUGGGUCUCUGAAGACAAGGACAUUCCAGCAAGAGUAAUGCUAAUGCAGUUCCCAUCCCGUCUGGAAAUUCGUGUGUGUAAUCUUUUUAACGUGGUGGACUGCAAACUCCACUGGCAACGACAGGGUGAUUACUUAUUUGUGAAAGUGGACCGAACACCCAGAGGAAUACAGGUUGUUGUCACUAACUUUGAGAUUUUCCGCAUGAGAGAGAAACAGGUUCUUGUGGACGUGGUAGAGAUGAAAGAGAGCAUUAUUGCAUUUGCCUGGGAGACUAAUGGCAAUAAGUUUGCAGUACUACAUGGAGAAUCACCUAGAAUUAAUGCCUCCUUCUACCAUAUCAAAAGCAACAGCAAGAUAGAGCUUAUUAAGAUGUUUGAUAAGCAGCAAGCCAACAGCAUCUUUUGGAGUCCCCUGGGUCAGUUUAUGGUACUAGCUGGACUAAGGAGAAUGAAUGGUGCUCUUGCAUUUGUGGACACGUCAGAUUGCACUAUUAUGAAUAUCGCUGAGCAUUACAUGGCUUCUGAUGUGGAGUUGGAUCCUACAGGCAGAUAUGUGGUUACUUAUGUUUCCUGGUGGAGCCACAAGGUAGACAAUGCAUACUGGCUUUGGACAUUCCAGGGGCACCUUCUGCAAAAGAACAGCAAAGAUAGAUUCUGUCAGUUGCUAUGGAGACCAUGCCCUCCCACUUUACUCAGUCCAGAGCAAAUAAAGGUAAUUAAGAAGAACCUGAAGAAGUACUCUAAAAUCUUUGAGCAAAAAGACAGGUUGAGCCUGUCCAAGGCUUCCAAGGAAUUGGUGGACAAGUGUCGACUGAUGAUGGAGGAAUACAGGCAGUAUAGAGGUAGUGACACUCAGAUGUACAACCAACAGAGAGAUCUGAGCCUCCAGCUCAGAGGAGGUGUGGACACAGAUGAGCUGGACAGUAAUGUGGAGGACUGGGAAGAGGAAACCAUUGAGUUCUUUAUCAGUGAAGAUAUUAUACCUGUUGGAGACCUGUAG